GAGAGAAUCAACAACAUUUUUGAACACAAUCAUGCAAUCUUUCUAAGUCUUGGUCAUCCACUAAUAUCUUUUACUGUUGAAGUAUUAUAUAAGACGGAGCAAGAAGAGUGUCUAUCUUACACAAACAAAACUAGAGGACACCAACAAUAGGGUGCAAAAAAAUGGCAAAGAGUGACACGGAGGUUGAUAUGGAGAGGGGUAUUACUUCUCUUGGCAGCAGCAGCAGCACAACUGACAAUCUCAAGACCACAAGAUCCUUGCCUGUCAUGGGUGUGACAAGUUCAGUCUCAAGUGGUGAAUACAUGAACAUUGAACUUCAGAAAGCUGCUAUAGAGGACAACGUCAAAGAAUUCAUAGAUGUCCUUGACAAGCUUUCAGAGAAGCAGGAGCGGAAAAUGCUAUCAAUUUUUGAGACCGUAAGUCCAUUUCACAAUACAUUACUUCAUGUAGCUUCACUGCAUGGUAGUCUAAAGAUUGCAGAACUAAUAGUUUCACGGUCUCCACUGACUCUUAAGAAGACAAACUUAAGAGGCGAAACGGCUCUUCACACUGCUGCAAAAGAAGGAAAAUCAGACAUUGUGUUAAGUCUAAUUAAACUACAAAAGGAAUCUGCAUCUUCCGAUGAUGAAGAUAAAAAUUUGUUUAAAAUGAGUAAUGUGGAUGGGAACACAGCUUUGCACGAGGCGUUGAUUAAUGGACAUGAAUCGGUGGCCAAAGCUUUGAUUGUGGCAGAUCCUGAUGUUUCAUUUUAUGUGAACAAGGAAGACAAUUCUCCUCUGUUUCUAGCUGCACAAGCUGGUUACCUUGAAUGUGUUAGAGAUAUGAUGGAGUCAGAAGCAUAUAAGAUAUAUACUUGGCCUUGCCAGAAUAGUACUGCCAAUGAUGAAGCAACCAAAAAAGAUGGAGUAGUACUGCAAGUGAAAUCACCAAUACGUGCUGUUGUAGUUUAUGCUUCUGACAAAAAGAAUUCAGAUCUCCUGAAUUAUAUGUUGGACAAGGAGUCAAAGUUUAUCGAUUUUAGAGAUAAAAAAGGGAGAAGUGCAUUUCACGUUGCGGCAUCUCGUGGCUAUCUUGAAGGUGUCAAGUGCUUCUUAGAGAGAGAUCCUCAAGUUGCUUUUCAAAGAGACAAUGAUGGACUCUUUCCCGUUCAUUUUGCAGCUUUAGGAGAUCAUGUUGACGUGGUUAAUGAGCUGCGACCCUAUUGCCUACAUCUUUCAGAGAUGCUUAACCAUAAUUACCAGAACGUUCUACAUUCUGCUGCAGACAAUGCUGGCUCCCGUGUAGUUUCAUAUGUUAUUAAAACUAAAGAGUUGGAGAAGCUCAUAAACCAGAAAGAUAAGGAUGGCUAUACUCCCUUGCACCUGGCCGCCAUCAAUCGUGAUCCAUUUUGUGCCAUUCUCUUGACAAGGGACAGAAGAGUGGAUAAGAACUCGCUCAACAAUAAAAACUGGACAGCACUCGAUGCUUGCAAUUAUCUCAACCAGCAAAAUUUCCGCAAGCACUUGACAGUAAUGAUACUAAAGAAGUCUGGAGUUAAACCAUCUCCAGUAAUGAUACUCAAGAAGUCUGGAGUUGAACCAUCUCCAACUGGGAAGCCAAUUGACGAAAAAGCAAACAGUUCUAAGAAAGAUAACGACAAAUUUAAGGACAUAUCAAAUGCACUUCUAGUGGUUUCAACCCUAGUCGCCACGGUCACCUUCGCAGCAGGUUUCACAGUGCCUGGAGGUUACAAUGACUCUGGCGAUGAACGGGGUAUUGCUAUUAUGUUGAGACGAGUCACUUUCCACGCAUUCCUUGUCUGCAACACAGUAGCCAUGUAUAGCUCCAUCAUUGCUACAGUGAUCUUCACUUGGGCGCAAUUAGGUGGGGAAAAUUUGGUCUCUUUUGCUUAUCAAUUAGCAUUGCCAUCGUUGGCACUUGCAUUAAAUAUGAUGUCCCUGGCCUAUAUUUUUGGUGUAUAUGUAGUGGUAAGUAAACUCAGUUGGCUUGCCAAACUUAUUUUGGGUGUGGGCUUGUGCUUCCAAUCGACUAUUGCGUUGUCAUUCCUUCUUCUGUGCUUCUCGUUCAUUGCUGACUGGAGUCUCACCGUACUCCUCAAGAUUUCUCCCUUGGACUCUCGUGCAAACUUGUCCUCUGAGUAGAUAUGUCUCUGUUUUGUGUUAUUGGGUUAAUGGUUAUUGAAUUGAAAGGUUCUUAUAGGCAAUCAAUCUCUGUUUUAUUGGUGCUAUUUUCAUUAUACUCUGUUUAUUGUGGCCAUCCUUGCAGUUCCAGUACUACAAUCUUACAUCAAAAGUAGCUUCCAAGCAAGACAUAAACAAA